GGGACGGGGGUGGAGGGUGUUUGGAGCGGGGUCUAGUUUGUCUUUCUGCGGAACGACCCCCGACAUCGAGCCCGAGUCUCGUGUGUUGACAGGUGGUGACAAUGGAGCCUGCCUGGCGACAGCAAGGCAGGGGACGUGGCCGGGGUCAGGGGGUUCAAGGUGAGAGGUCACGACCUCCACAGAAGCAGAGACCGGGUGGCUCCUUACCUGGACCUGCAAAUCCACCUCCAGCUGCUGGAAGGAUGAAUAAUGCAACCACAUGUCAGCCUGAUCAGGGAUUGUCUGUCCAGUCCAAGUUUGAGGAGAUCAGGAAGUCAAACCAGGUUGCUGCUCAGCGACUGGUCCAGAACCAUUAUAGUUCCUCUUCCGAUGAUGACUGUGAUCCUGAAGAUGGAGAGAUCGACACCAAGGACGGAAAGAGAGGGACAAUUCUAGCAUCUACUUUUACGACAUAUGCACAGACAGGGGGUGAUAUCAAUAGUCUACAGAGGACCAGUCAGUACCUCAGUGAUUUGUUCCAGUCAGGAGCAGUAACAUGUCUGAUCUGCAUCGCUUCAGUGAAAAGAACCCAGGCUGUGUGGAGUUGUGUCGGCUGUUUCUCUCUCUUCCAUAUUCCAUGUAUUCAGAAGUGGGCUAAGGAUUCUGUGUUCCUGCUCUCCUCUGUCACGGAUGAAGACUUUGGACAGCAGCAGCAUCCGUGGCCCUGUCCAAAGUGUCGUGCCGAGUACCCGCCAAGUUCAACGCCCAACAGAUAUGUGUGUUACUGUGGAAAGGUUGAAGACCCUCCAGCUGAUCCAUGGCUCCUCCCACACUCCUGUGGUUCAGUGUGUGACAAAGACAUCCGACCUGUUUGUGGUCACAGCUGUCUGCUGCUCUGUCACCCAGGCCCGUGUCCCCCCUGCCCUAAGAUGGUGUCAGUUUCCUGUAUGUGCGGCAAGGCCUCGCCCCUCCCGCGUCGCUGUAGCAACAAGGCCUGGUCAUGUCAGCAGCCAUGUGGAAAGAUUUUACCUUGCAGACAACACACUUGUACCCAACCCUGUCACUCAGGUGUGUGUGCGCCUUGCCCCAGGAUCAGUGUGCAGAGGUGUGUCUGUGGGAGAGAGGAGUCGGAGAGAGAGUGUGCCAGUCCAGAAUGGCACUGCCAACAGGUGUGUGCUGCUGUGUUGUCAUGUGGGAAUCAUACAUGUGAGAGAGUGUGUCACGCUGGUGUGUGUGGACCAUGUCCUCGCUCUGUGAGCAGAACCUGUCCGUGUGGCAAGUCUAAGUCCUCUCAGCCGUGCACAGAGGAGGUGUUGACGUGUGGCGACACGUGUGAUCGGCAGCUAGCAUGUGGAAUCCACACCUGCUCCAUGAGAUGUCACCGAGGCAACUGUGAGAUCUGCCGACAGGAGGUGGAGAAAGCAUGCAGAUGUGCCCGAUACAGACGUAUGCUGCCGUGUCAUAAGGAGUAUCUCUGUGACUUCAAAUGUCCAAAGACCAGGAGCUGCCACCGUCACCAGUGCAGGAGAAAGUGUUGCCCGGGUAACUGUCCCCAAUGUGACCAGAGCUGUGGGAGAACACUGGGAUGUCGCAACCAUAAAUGUCCCUCUGUGUGUCACCAAGGUAGUUGUUAUCCCUGUCCAGAGACAGUGGAGGUCAGGUGUGUGUGUGGCUCCACAGUGUUGAUCGUCCCCUGUGGGAGAGAGAGGAGCACCAAGCCUCCACGCUGCAAGGAGCUCUGCAGGUGUCCACCCUCCUGCCACCACUCCACCAGGGAGCCGCAUCGGUGUCACCCGGGCCCCUGCCCCCCCUGCAGACAGCCCUGCCUCGUGCCCCUGGCCAACUGCUCCCACCUCUGCCCCCAACCCUGUCAUGAUGUGGUGCUGGUCAGAUCCCAGCAGGUCCAGCUGGCAGGACCCUGGGAACAACCUACUGAACCGGCGUUUGUCAAGAAGGCCUUACCUUGCCCGCCAUGUCAAGUACCAAUACCAACGGCCUGUUUUGGAGAACAUGAGGUCAGUCCUGUACCAUGUCACAGCCGUGGUCCGUUCUCCUGCAAGCGACCUUGUGGACGAACUUUGACCUGUGGGAAUCACUGCUGCACCAAAGAGUGUCACACCGUUACUGCGGGCAACAAGGCAGAUGCAGGGGUUGAGUGUGAGUCAUGUGAGGAGGGGUGCACUAAGCCCCGCCUCCCAGGUUGUCCCCACCCCUGUCCUCUCCCCUGUCACCGUGGCGACUGUCCCUCCUGCCAGCAGAUGAUCCGCCAGCGUUGCCACUGCAAGAUCAGCCUCCUCUAUGUGGAGUGCAUGAAGUUGUCAUCAGCUGAUGAACAGACCAAGGUGAAGCUGAGCUCCUGCAGCAACCAGUGUCCUAAAGAGCUGUCCUGUGGUCAUCGCUGUAAGGAACUGUGUCAUCCUGGACGCUGUGAAGAGAGGUGUCAGCAGAGGGUGAAGGUCAGAUGUCCCUGCAAGAGGAUCAGAAAGGAGUUUGUAUGCUCUAGGGCUCGUCAGGACCAGUGUUUGGUGGAGUGUGACGAGACCUGCAGAGACCAGCAGAAGAGAGCUGACCAGGUAAAGGAAGCAGAGGAGAGAGCAGCUCAGGAGGAAGAGCAAAGAAAACUACAGGCUGAGUUGGAGGCCUUUGAGAAACGUCAGAGGGGCAGGAGGGGUAAGAAGAGAGGGAGAAGAGAGGAGGUGGAGGAGGAGGGGGGGAGGUGGGAGAGGUACAGGACAUGGCUCCUCGUAUCGCUCUGUGGAGCUCUGCUGGCCUCCACUGCCUACUACCUCCUCCAGCUGUCCUAACACACACACACACACACACACACACACACACACACACACACACACACACACACACACACACGCGCUCAUGUCAUGUCAUGUCAUGUCAUGUCACAUUGCAUUUAUCUACCAUAUGUCCAGAACACACAGCUGUCGGUACUGGUCCAGAUGUGUAUAUGACGUGGAUAUUGAUAAAUCCACUAAGGCAGCAGAGAGCAGAAUGAGGUGGUAGACCUUUACCCCAGUGUGUUCUGUCCUCCAUGUCUAGAUGAGCUCUAGCUCUGUUCUGUUCUGUAUGCUCUGUUCUGUUCUGUAUGUUCUGUUCUGUAUGCUCUGUUCUGUAUGUUCUGUUCUGUAUGUUCUGUUCUGUUUGCUCUGUUCCGUUCUGUAUGUUCUGUUCUGUAUGUUCUGUUCUGUAUGUUCUGUUCUGUUUGCUCUGUUCUGUUCUGUAUGUUCUGUUCUGUAUGUUCUGUUCUGUUUGUUCUGUUCUGUAUGUUCUGUUCUGUAUGUUCUGUUCUGUUUGUUCUGUUCUGUAUGUUCUGUUCUGUAUGCUCUGUUCUGUAUGCUCUGUUCUGUUUGCUCUGUUCUGUAUGUUCUGUUCUGUAUGCUCUGUUCUGUAUGUUCUGUUCUGUAUGUUCUGUUCUGUUUGCUCUGUUCUGUAUGUUCUGUUCUGUUCUGUAUGCUCUGUUCUGUAUGUGUGUGUGUGGAUUGUUUUGUCUGCUCUGGUUCUGAUGUGGACCAUUCUGAAUUUAUCUGGUAUCAUUGAAAAACACCCUCAUCUGGGUUGUGCUGGAGCCGUCAGUCCUUCCAUCCAGCUGGUUCAGACGAAGAGCAGAAGGUGGACUUCACGGCUGUGAAGACCGGAACGCCGACAGGAUGGAUGGACUGUCGGAUGAAAACCACGGGGCUGCUGGGAAACAUGUCACACGUUUCUCACCCGAGGCCGAGGAGUGACUUGGCUGUGAUGCUGCAGAUGUUCUGUGUCUCGCUCCAUGUUCUGGUCAUCUUACAUAACCGAGAAUAAACGAGUGAACGUUGA